AUGACGUCGUCAGCACCGUCGGACGCAGAGGCACUCAAGUCCGCUGAAGAUACUGAAGAACAGGAAGCGAUUCAGCAUCUGACAAGUGUCGUGCCAGCAGUCGACUCCAGUACAAACUCGGCCACGUCGAAAGCGGAGCUGAACCAGCGACUCGAGGACGCCGCCCGUAAAGCGCAAGAGACGUUAGAACACGCCUCCUUGGAGUUGCGGAAACGUUUGAGCAAGCUCAGUACGCUUGUUGGCACGCUUUAUGAGGAGCAGCAUACAACGAGUGAGAGUGUCUCGAGCGAGCAACGCGGUGAGCAUAAACCGCCCGACCCCGGUGAGGCCGCUUCUGGCAGCCUGCUGGACUCGUGGCGCUCCUUCUCAAACUUCGUUUCCGCGCAUAUGAACUUAGACGAAUCAGGAUAUCGCUUCUUGGAACCCGCAAGAGAGUCAAAAAACUCAGUGGUCUCUUCUGAUGUUGUCGACGCGGACGCUGCGUUCGCUGCACUCCUCGAGAGCAACGAUCCAGCAUGUUUCCAGAAGCUCUUUGAGCGAUAUUUUGCCCAGAAAGAAAGCCGGGAAUUAGGAGCUUCGGAGCAACGAGACACAGGCGGUCCAGAGGGCGCGCCUGAUGCCGAACAUGACACAACCCGAGCCCAACGAGUUGUCGAUGCUUUUCGCGUAGCGCUUGUUCAGCGUUAUCGUUGUAGUCACAACGAUCUCACACCGGAGCGUCGUUACCUUCUACCAGGACGUCUGUUUAUCACAAAAACGCAUGUGGCUUUCCUCAGUAGUAUGGAUGCUGCUCGCAUGUUUGACGAAACGUCCUACGAGACCGAUAUUCGUCCGAGCUUCAUUCGACACGAGCCGAUCCGUCUCCUGCUUGCGCUGCAAGACGUGACAAAAGUACAACGGGGAAAGGGGAUGAACCUGCGACUCGUAACCAGUGAGGAUCAAAGCUAUAUUUUUGGGGAAUUUCGUUCGACGGUCGAGUUCGAGGCAGCUCUCUGCAUGAUCGAACAAACCUGGCGUUCUCUGCAACUGCGAGGGCGCGUUCUUCAAACAACAUCAGAGGAGCAGCGCAGUUGA